GCACCACCACAACAACCGUUAUCAGCACCGAGGCCACCGCGGCUACUGAGGCUGGAGACAGGCCUGCACUGAUCGGUUUCCAGAUACAGAAACGUCACCUUUCAUCUGCUUCGCUGCCCGGAGAGUGCAGAGGCUUCGUCGACAUGACUCUCAACCAGAACCAUUCGGAGUCCGGCGGAGUCAUCAUCAACAACAGCGAGAGCGUGUUGAUGAACUAUGAUAACGUGGAGCUGGUUUUCUGUGACGCUGACACUCUGCCUGAAGCCUUCAGAAAGAGCAAGAAGGGCAGCAUCUACCUAACUCCAUACAGGGUGAUCUUCCUGGCUAAAGGUCGGGAUGCGCUGCAGUCCUUCAUGAUGCCCUUCUACCUGAUGAAGAGCUGUGAGGUCAAACAGCCUGUGCUGGGAGCUAAUUACAUCAAAGGCACAAUCAAUGCAGAGCCUGGAGGUGGCUGGGAAGGCGCCGCUAGUUUCAAGCUCAUCUUUGCUGCAGGAGGAGCCAUAGAGUUUGGCCAGUACAUGCUGCAGGUUGCGGCUCAGGCAUCCAGAGGCCAGCCAGUCACUCCUGGGUUCGGUGGAUGCCCCUACAUGGCCAACGGAGCCUACGCUUACCCUCCUCCCCCCGCUAAUGGGAUCUACCCUGCCGGACCUCCACCUGGCUACUCCUACCCCAUCCCUCCUCCUCAAGGUGGAUUCUACCCCAACCCUCCAGCGUUUGAUGCCUCUGCGGCCUACAUACCUCCACCUCCGUACUCUGCUCCUCUGGGCCAGCAGCCCCCCCAUGACCCAGACCUCCCCUCCACAGCAGCAGCGGAGGCCAAAGCAGCCGAGGCAGCAGCGAGUGCCAGCUGUGCCACGCUGCCUCCUACACAUGUGUACCUGCCGCAGGACAAGCCCCCUCCUUACUCCCCUCCAGAAGACAAGAAGAACCAGUAGACCAGUCAUUCCGGGACCACCUCUCCUCCUACUAACCCCCGGACAUCCAGAAGGACCACGCUUUCUUUCUGAACAUUGCUUCCUUCCUUCCUUCCUUCCUUUUUUUCUUUUCUUUUCUUUUUAUUCUUGACCUCUUCUGACUCAUUCCUUUUUCUCAUUCUAUCGCUUUCCCCAGCUCAUUCCCUUUUAAUACUUCAUAUAACGUAACCAGCUUCAUUCUCCUUCCAAGCACCUUUUACUCGAUGGAAGUCAGAAGUAUGAGUAGUGAUCUUUUUAAGAGAGACGAAGGCCAAAGUCGUCAGGUUUCGAAGGCUUUUUUUUUUCCUUUUCGGCACAGUCGUUUAAAACGCCGUAGCCUGACUAGCUAGUUUAAGCAUUAAUCGCGAUACUGCCACCCUAAAAAACUGUAGAUUUAAGCUCCUGCUGCGACACUAACUUAUAAUUUUCUACAAGGAUCAACCCUGGACUGAACCGAGCGAUCCAGAGGCUAAAUGCAGUCUUUUAUUUUUCUAUCAUUAAGUGUGUACAGGCUUUUAAUAUUCUAGACUUUUGAAGAAAAAAUGAGAUAUUUUCUCAAGAACACUAAAACCUAGAGAAGGAAAAAAAAAAAAGAAGCUUUUUGUAAAAGGGGGGCAGGGGGAGGGGUUGCCUAGCGGGUGGUCUGGUCUGCUUUGACAUAUUUGUUGGAUGAGAGGGGGGUCAUAAAGAUUAGAACCCCUGGCAGUGGAUCCCUGAUCCUGGAUUAGAGUGGAGAGUGAGAGGAGGGGAGGGGUCGUGGCCUGGAGGCACGUACAGCCAGCCGGGAGGGAUUAUGUUUUCUUUUUCCUUUUUUUUUUUCUAAGCAGAGCAGUCACCCAACGAUGUCACUUCCUGUUUCGUCAUGCCUCCGAACGUUCGAGAAUUUAAAAAAACAACAAAAAACAACAAAAAACCCCCACACAUCAUUGUCAGACUCUCGACUCACCGCUCGCCUGCUUCAGCCCCUCAUUCUUCUGACGUACAUUUUCUAAAAAAAAAACGUAGAAACGAACAAACGAGAGCAAGAUUUUCUCACCAUUACUUCUUUCUGUGGUCGUGAUCUUUAACGCUUCAGUGUGAGGUCGCUCUCAGAAUCUGAUCUGAGCCUCUUCUCUUCCUUCCUCUACGGUCACUAAUCUAUAUUCUGUAUCUGUGGCACAUCCGUGGCUCAUUCUUUGCACUUUUCUUAACGCUAUGCAUCGGGCUCCUGUUUGCUCUGUCAUGGCUCUAUGUAUAAUAAUGAUGAUGAUGAUGAUGAUGAUGAUGAUGAUAAUGAUGAUGAUAAUAAAGCUCUGUAUUUAUUUCAAACUAAUUUAUUGAAUAAUUUAUGUACAAUGGCUCAAGAAAAAAACAGCAUGAUCUCAACUGAUGCAUGUACGCAUUGGAUUGGAUUUUAUUAAAUGGAUCUGGUGUAGAACAGAACUGUCUGGUCUUUAUUUGUCUACAGAGUAUUGCUCUAUAUCACAUGAGGAUUGUUCAAAGUCCCCUUCCAACACAGUACAGUGUAGCAAAUGGCAUCAACAACAAGAACAUAUUCCAGAGUCAGCAGGAGGAGGAAGAGGAGGAGGGGUUGUUUUAAAUGUCAUUUAAGCCUCCACAGCCUGGAAGUGUGCUUUUUUUUGUUCUUUUUUUUUUUCUCUCUCCCCUUCUCCAUCACUCAGUCAGUAGUCUGCGCUUUCUUUCAGACGACUUGUGCAAAUCCACAGCAGUUUUUUUUUUUCUCUCCCAAUAAGACUGAUUGAUGUGUGAUGUCCGGAGCCUCCAGUACCUCGAACGUAACAAUGUCACAGCUAUGAUUUUCUUUAAGUGCUUCUCAUUAAAAAAUGCUUCAAGAAUUACACAACAAAUGCCAAAAAAAAAAAAAAAAAAAGACCCCUUCUGUUGCCUACACUCGUUUUUUUUGGCCUCUAUGUUGACUUCUGGUGUAUGUGUGAGGGUGUGCUCUGUCAUAAGCUACUUUUGGGGACAAAUGUCACAUUCAGGAGCAGUUAAUUGGGAAUGGCUUGUCCAACUGUUCUCAAUUGGGGAAAAAGCUGAUUUUUUUAUGGUCAGUGUUAGUUUAUGUGAUGUCCCCACAUGGUAUGACAAGUGUGCGUCUGUGUGUAUGUUUAUGAGAGCGCUGGAGUGCACUCCAUCUAAUUCUAUCUUCACAUCAGAGGGAGCGCGCAAGUUAAAUAAGAACUGUGAUCUCAAGAGGAAACUCAGUCUGUAUCAGGCACAGCCAAAGAAAAAAAAAG